CCGGACUAGCUAGAUCGACGGCGAGAAAAUCUGCAGAGUAAAUAAAUUAUGAUGGAGAAGAAGAUAGAUCUGAUUUUUAUUCCAGCCCCAGGCGUCGGCCAUAUUGUAUCCAUGGUGGAGAUGGCCAAGCUCAUAGUCGCACGUGACCACCGUCUCUCCAUCAUCGUUUUCCUCAUGAAACGACCCGGUGCCAAUACCCACCUGGGCUCAUUCGCUAAAUCGUUAUCCAUCGACGACGAUUUCGACCAAACCCACAUACGAUUCAUUGAUCUCCGUGAACCCGAUCCAGACUCCGUCGCCAAAUUCAAGAACACGGUCCCAUUAUUUGCCAGCACGAUUGAGUUCCAAAAGCCGAUAAUCCGUGAAGCCAUCACGACCGAGGUCAUCGGCCGGCCCGAUUCAGGUAAGUUCGCGGGGAUCUUCGUCGAUAUGUUCUGUGCUUCUUUGGUUGACAUGGCAAAGGAGUUUGAUGUUCCUAGUUAUAUCUACAAUCCUUCCGGGGCUUCUUUUCUUGGCCUGAUUUACUAUAUGAGUUCCUUAAGAGACGAACAAGGGAGGGACGAGUCUGAAUUUAUGAAGUCGGACGCCUUUCUCGACAUGCCCAUCUUCUCCAAUCCGUUUCCGGCCAAGAUGCUUCCUUUAGCGUGCAUCGACAAGGGUAGUGGCUCCACCCUGAUGCUUGACCUGCCUAAAAAGUUUAGUUUGGCCAAUGGCAUUGUGGUAAAUACAUUCACUGAGAUUGAGUCUCGGGCGAUUAGAGUCCUCUCCGGCGAUGAGAAGGUUCCACCAAUUUAUCCAGUGGGUCCGAUUCUCAAUCAUAAGAAGAACGUGGGAGAGAAGCACGACGAGAUCAUGCGGUGGUUGGACAAUCAGCCGCAUUCGUCGGUGGUGUUCCUCUGUUUCGGGAGUAUGGGCACAUUCAAGGAGGCACAAGUGAAGGAGAUCGCGGUGGCGCUCGAGCGUAGCGGGCACCGGUUCUUGUGGUCAUUGAGAAGGCCGUCAAUUGAAAACAAGCGUACCCUUGCGAAGGAAUACGAGGACCCGAGUGAGGUCCUGCCGGAAGGGUUCUUGGAAAGGACGGGAGAAAUGGGGAAAUUGAUUGGAUGGGCACCACAAGUUGAGGUUUUGUCGCAUAACGCGGUGGGGGGAUUCGUGUCGCAUUGUGGGUGGAAUUCGACGCUUGAAGGGUUGUGGUGCGGUGUGCCGGUCGCGACUUGGCCGUUGCACGCGGAGCAACAGAUGAAUGCGUUCAUACUGGUGAAGGAAUUGGAAGUGGCGGUGGAAAUUAAGAUGGAUUAUAGGAAGAGAUUUAGUGGAUUAGAAGAAGACGACGACGGCGAGAAUAUCGUGGCGGCGACGGUGAUUGAGAACGCGAUUCGGCGAUUGAUGGAAGUUGGGAGCGAAAGGGUGAAGAAAACGACCGAGGAAUGCCGGACUGCCGUGAUCGAAGGAGGGUCUUCGUAUGUCUGUCUAGGCCGGUUAAUUGAUGACGUCAUCAACAACAUUACUUGAUCAAUAAUUUAAUAAUAACAUUUUCAUAAA